AUGAGCUCUCCUGAGGAGCAGUCUGUUCCAGGAGAUGGUGUCUAUGUGGAGGGUGGAGACAAUGCCAAGAGCUUGAGCCUUGUCCCAAGCCCUGUCGAGAGCAGCGAGGGGGAAGGCAGCCUCCCAGGCCCCAAAGGCAGCAAGUUCUCGUUGGUGUCCCAGCUGGAGGUAGCAGAGACCACAUCGGUGGUGUUUUGGACCAGCUCGCCCGAGUCCCUGAUGCCAGAGGAAGAGAGUCUAGUUUCCCCAGUGGAAGAAGUGGUUGGUUUGGAAUUCGUCUCCCAAGCCAGUGUAGAGACUGAGGCUAUCGGAGAGCAACUGUCUGUCCUGGAGACACCAGGAGCCAGAGAACACCCAUCCACAGAGAGCUUUUCUGCUGAGACAGAGUCCGGCUCCAGCAAGAGAGGUCCACAGGCCUCGGGCCCUGAGGAGGCAAAGUCAGCCUCUGCUGCCACUCUCUUCACCAAGGGACUGGAGCAAAGCAGGGCUUGGGUGACCCCGAGGAAGAGUAGCAGUAGCAGAAUGGUGAUCGGCGAGGAUACCCACCGUAUCACUUCUGAACCUGAGUUGUCAGAGGAAUUAAACGAGGUACAGAUGAUGAGGGUGACCAUUUGUCUUAAAGAUGGGAGCCAGACUAAGACCAGUGGCUCUGCAGAAACUGGAGACCUGGCCAGACAUCCAAAUGUCCAGACCAGGGACAGUGUCAUCCGGAUGCCCUCCUCCCUGCUGACCUCUACUACCCGGGCACUCACCUCUGGCACGGAAAGGCAGGCCUCGAAAGAGCUAGAAGCCUUUUCCUCUAAGAAAAAGCAAGGUGUCUUAUUGGGUAAGGGAGGAAACAAGCCCAGUUACGCAGAGGCUGCAGCCGGGGCAGGUAGCCUGCCCAAGGCCAGUCCUAAAAAGAAGAUGGCCCAGAAGAAAAAAACCUCGUGGGAUGCCUCAUCAGUUACUCUGGGGAGAGCCUUCCAUCAAUGGGGCCAGAGACUGAAGUCGACUCCUGCAGAACCAGCUACCUUCCCCCCAAUCUCUGGUGUUGGCCUGCCUGGGAGGUCCAAUAAAUGCUCACUGCUGCCUUUGAGACCCAAACAGUGCAAGAACUUCUACACUGGGAAGAAAUCUGGGGCAAAGAGGACAAAGGAGUUACAGUUGGUAUUGAAAGAAGACACAGACCCCUGCUCACAGGUUCAGUUUCCAACACACAGGGCAGAGUUAACUUGCCAGAGUGUGCAUCAAGAAUACAGCAGUGGGGAUAUAAACACCCGAAGCUUCCAGGAUCCCGGAAACUCUCAGGCUUUAGCCCUGAGUCACAGAGCCAUCAUGUCCAGGAGAUCGGUGGGCCCCGGUGACCAGGAACCGCCUGUGGAUCCCCCAACCUCAGAUCCAGAGACAGAGCAACUACUUGGAACACAGGGAUGUCCCCGUUGUCCGGAGUUACAGAAGGAAAUAGAGGACCUCAAGAAACAACUGUCCACCCUGCAAGCUCUCAAUGAGAAGUUCCAGGGCCUUUCAAGCUAA